GUGUCUCCUGGCCUGUGAGGCCUUUUGCCCCCAGGCGUAAAAGCGAAGCGAGAGCUUCCUGGGGGAGGCCCCCACUCCACCGCUAACCAGGGACUGGGUGUUUCUGCACAGGUUCAGGCCCAAAGUGUGAGUUGCCAUAAGCAAACAGCCGGGGUGACCAGCGCGUCCCGGUUUGCCCGGGAUGUUCCCGGUUUUAUCUCUGAAGCGUCCCAGACGUCCUGCCCUCUGAUGUGACCCCGUUUUAAUUUCCCUGCCCAUUUCCUCCCAGAGCAAAUCUGGGAGGCUGGAGGAGGCCUCCUGAUCUUCCCCACUGACUUGUUUAUAUUAGGUUGAAGGUGCCCGCCACGCCACGUCUACAGCCAGCCCCAGGCAGGCCAGACCCAGACAUGCCAGUCCUCCUACGGUAAAAACUUCAAUGGGAGCUUUCCUCCCUGAAGAUGCAAACAAUACAGCACUCGGAACAGACACUAAAAACGGCUCUCAUCUCAAAGUCCCCAGGGCUUGUGUUGCAGUAUGAGAACUUAGAUGCUGGGGAACGGCGUUUGAUGAAUGAGGCCUUCCAGCCAACCAGUGAUCUCUUUGGACCUAUCACUUUGCAUUCGAAAUCAGAUUGGAUCACCUCGCAUCCUGAGUCUCCCCAAGAUUUUGAACAGUUUUUCAAUGAUCCUUACAGAAAGAAACCCUCUCCUGAGAAAUGCAUUAUUUAUAUACAGUCCAUUGGAUUUCUAGGGAACACUAGAAUUAUCAGUGACGAAUAUGUCAGAUGGCUCAUGGGCUACUGUGAAGCAUUUUUCUAUGGCUUGACAGUAAAACUCCUAGAACCGGUUCCCGUUUCUGCAACAAAGUGUUCCUUUAGAGUCAAUGAUAACACACAAAACCUCCAAAUUCAUGCAGGGGACAUCCUGAAGUUCUUAAAAAAGAAGAAACCUAGAAAUGCCUUCUGUGUUGUGGGGAUAACGAUGAUUGAUCUUUAUCCAAGAGACUCCUGGAAUUUUGUCUUUGGACAAGCUUCUUUGACAGAUGGUGUGGGGAUAUUCAGCUUUGCCAGGUAUGGCAGUGAUUUUUAUAGUGCAAACUAUAAAGGCAAAGUGAAGAAGCUGCAGAAAACAUCUUCAAGUGACUAUUCAGUCUUUGAUAACUAUUAUAUUCCUGAAAUCACUAGUAUUUUGCUGCUUCGAUCCUGUAAGACUUUAAGCCAUGAGCUUGGGCACAUUUUUGGACUGCGACACUGCCAGUGGCUCUCAUGCCUCAUGCAAGGCUCCAACCACUUGGAAGAAGCUGACCGCCGCCCUCUGAACCUUUGCCCCAUCUGUUUACGCAAGUUGCAGUGUGCUCUUGGCUUCAGCAUUGUAGAAAGAUACAAAGUGUUGGUGAGGUGGAUUGAUGAUGAAUCUGCUGACAUACCUGGAGAAAGUCUGGAACAUAGUCGUGAGGAUAAUGUGCAUUUGCCAAAACCUGUGGAAGCCUUUAAGGAAUGGAGAGAGUGGAUAAUAAAAUGCCUUGCUGUUCUCCAAAAAUAAGGACCUUCAAAUAGGAGUAAUUAAAAUAAAAUGCUUGUACAUUAUGCUUUCAUGUGGGUGGAGUACUUCAUCGGAAUAAACUGUUUACUGAUUGUGUACUAUGUCAAAGUAACAGAAUAGAACCUUUUUUAAAGCACCUAAACUUUGAAAUGAGGCUCAUUUUGAAUAAUAAACCCUAUAUAAACUCUA